AUGUUUCUCAGGACGGUAGCAACUCGACUGUACCCUGACAUCUUCGAGAAAGUGAGAAAAGAGUGGGAACGAUUUGUGAACUUCGUGGCAGAUGCGACUUGUGAGCGUACAGCGUCGAGUCCUUCACAAUGGAAAAUUUAUUGCGGGAAUCAAACCUUUCGCUGUCACGAUGUGGAGUGGAUGUGUACUUGUCUAUUUUAUAGCAGUCACCAUUUACCAUGUCGUCAUCUUAUGCACUUAGGACGCGAGGGGCAUGGCUUCAAACUGCUUCCAGCUAUGGCAAUUCAUGAUCGGUGGAGUACGUACUAG